UGAGCGCUAAGCAGUAUGUAUUACACACUAAUUUUCCCCAAAAUUUGAGGGUGUGACUAGGUCUGUUGUAACUGAGUUUUAAAUACUAGUACCUGUUUCUUACUCACUCUGACGUUUAAACAUGUACGAACUGCAAAAUGGUCCCCGCAAGAAAGAAUGCUGGUUCGUCAGAAGAUACCAUACAUUUUAGCGUGCUAGAUGAGUUCAGACCACGGACAGUGAAUCCCCCAAAAGAAAUAACGCAGGACUCCUGGGGAUCUCGUUACUUGAUUAUCGCAGCCAUUCUAUGUUUAGCCGCAAUUCCUUAUUUCGCAGACGAAAUUGGUUUUCUGUGCGCUUUACUGCAUGCUCAUGCCGGCGACGCCGAUUCCCAGCAUAUGGUCGCUCAACACUUUCUGCAAGGUGUUGGAAUUACACAAAACAAAGAGCACGCUUCCAAGUGGUUUCGUCGUGCUUCCGAUAACGGAGACCACCGGGCAGGAUACAAUUUAGCACUCUCCCAUGUGCAUCGCACUCACGAAUCACUCCAGCCUGGGGAAGCCGAAGUUCUGAUAAAACGAGCAGCGGAUGCCGGACUGGAAGAAGCUAUUUAUGCUCUAGAAUACACAUGUGCCGGAGGAAAGUGUCGUCGUUAAUUUCAAAUUAUGCUCGAUAAAGAAAGCAGGUCCGGCUGAUGGACUACCGUUAUCGGUUUUAUUCUCAAGAUUAUGGAAGGAAACGUUCUAUCCGGCAAAGCCACGCCAUAGAAAUUAACCAACAAGUUAGCUGUAAAAAUCACUCAAAUAAAAUUAACAAAAUGGAAAAUCUCCAUCAAAUGUGUACACACGAACUCUAACGCGAUUACGAUGGAGAAUCCAUGAAACGUUGUACAAGGAGCGUCAAUCGUUUGAGAUCUCGCUGUUUACUUGAGUCAUUUUUAUCGUCAGCAAUUUCCUUCACAUAUUCUGAAAAAGACAUAGUCCGUUAAAUUUUACCAAACGACUGAAAUGAAAUUUCCAUAC